AAAAUCGAAUUUUGGAUAAUUAACUAAUGAGUAGUUCAAAGAAUUUUUAGAUCAGUAUUGGCUCAUAUAUUAAUUUAUUAGCUAAAUAUUUUCAAACAUUUUAUGGCAUCAAUAAUAGUAUACCCAAAUAGUAUAGAAUUCGAAAAAUGUACAGUUUUAAUAUAAUAAUAUUAUAUGAGCAAUACGUUUUGUAUUUGUGAAGUGUAAACUAAUGAUUAAUUGUAGUUUUUGUAUAUUAGGCAAGAUGUGGAUCGAAUAUAUCAUAGUUACACACUUAAUAUUAAUAAAAUAAUAUAUAUGUAUUUUUUUCUGGCCUAUUAAUAAUUAAAAAAUAAAUAAAUACAUCGUUUGAAUUGUCAUGGAAUACAUAGUGGUAUAGUUGUAUUAAUACAAUGUAUAAUCUUUUUCAUAAUAGUAGUUAAGAGUUGAAAUAAAGUUAGUUUAAAAUAAAAUACUAAUGGAGAACUCAAAUAUUGAACAUAUUGAUGUAAGCACUGUGGUCGAAGAAGUUACUAAAAUAUUUGGAAAAGACGGUAAAAACAAAUUAAAAACGUUGGUGAGGAAUGAAAAAGUCUAUCCAGACAAAGAUAAAAUGAAAGACGAUAUGGAAAUAUUAGCUGACAAAUUAAAAUUUGAUGAACUAUUAAACGUAGAAAAAAUGUAUUUUGAAAAUGUCGAAUCUUUUAAUUCAAGCCAUUUAAACGGACACAUGAUGUUUUCGGAAUUUGGUACGAUAUAUUCUAGGAGUAAUCUGGCAACUGUGAAAUCGAUCCACAGUAUACAAAAUGAUGGUGGCGUCUAUCAAUAUGAAGUACAACUAAAUUCUAAUGGACCGAUGCGUAUAGGAUGGGCUACUCAGAUGUGUGCAUUUACUGAUGAGCUGGGAGUAGGAGAAACAGAAAAUUCGUAUGGUUUUGAUGGUUAUCGCUUAGAAAAGUGGAAUAUGUCUAAUGCGUGCACAUACGGUCGAAAAUGGAGAGUUGGAAAUAUAAUUGGUUGUACUAUUGACUUGGGAAAAAAGUCUAUAGAAUUUUUCAAUAAUGGUGAAUCACUUGGUGUAAUAGUUGAAGAGUUAAUAAACAAAGAUAACUUAACGUAUUUUCCUGCAUUAACUCUUUCCGAUGAAGAAAAUGUGGUUGUUAAUUUGGGCGAGAGACCAUUUAAAUUUCCAAUAUUGAAUUCAAAACCUUUAAUUACUAGCCCAAUAGCCCUAAUAAAUUAUUUCAGACGUCUUGAGAAAAAUAUUUAUUCUCUAAUCGAAAGUCAAAUCAAUCUAAAUAAAAAAAAUACGAAAAAUAAUUUGAAACACUACGACAAAAUAAGAAUUAACAAUAUUAUAAAAAAUAUAUUAUUUCAUCAGUUUGAGCAUUUAUUGAAAAAUCAAUUUAUUGUAGAUAGUUGCUUUAUAUUAUUUUUAAGGAAUUUGAACAAAAGAAGUCCUGAAAAACUUAUAGUAUUCCUUGAGUUGAUGUGGGAAAAUAUACCUAAAUAUAGAAUGGUUUCCAUCAUGAAUUAUUUAAUAUUUUGUCUACUUUGUGAUUUUAAAUGUACUUGGAGAAAUCGAUUUGACAUAUCUCAUCAAUCAGAAGUACUCAAACUUUUAACUGCAAUUUGUCGAGAAACCAACACUAGAAAAGAGGCAAUUGUAAAUAUUUUUUUCGACAAGAUUAAAUUUGCUCACUUUUUACACAUUAUUUCUCCGUCUGAUGAAAUGCUUGAAAAAAUGAUACCACGUGUAUAUUGGAGUAUAGAAAAUGUAGAAUUGUCGGAAGAUAUGCAAAAUAAAUUGAUAAAAAAUUUCCCUCAGGAUUAUAAGAAAUCUAAAUCUGCUUACAAUGAAGCCAGCGAAAAACUCAAAAAAUUAUUGAAUCAAUUAGAAAAACUUCAGAUAAUUUUUCUUAAAACCUUAUUAAAUGACAAUGAUCAAACUGAUACAAUAGUGAGCUCCAGAGUUUUAUUUAGUAGACGAUUUCAAAGUUUUACCCAAGAAAACAUGUUUUAUUGGAGAGUUGAUCCUAUGUUAAAACUACCGGGUCCAGUAUUGUUGAGUACAUUCUUUCGUUUAUCAUUUUUAUUACGUGAACUAUUGAGUGAAGAAUUAGUAGAUGUCAAUGACUUAAAAAUACAUCCAAAUAUUUUUUAUUUGGAAAAUUACAAUUUUUUUGGAAUCCAACGAAUAGGAGGUACAUUUUCUUAUUUGAAAAAUAUGUAUAAAGAAAUUAUCAAAUCGAAACUGGGACUUCCCUCUGACAGCCAAAAUGAUGAUGAUAUUGAUACCGACAUAGAUGAUGAUGUGAUAGAGAUCAAUUCGGCUGCUGGUUUAAUUACUAUUUUAACAAGAAUCAUUAGGAAUACAGAAGAUAGAAAUGCAAACAUCCAUAUCGCCGAUGCUGUCAUGAAUAGAAUAUUGUCAUUCGAUCAUUUACCUACUGACAAAAUACAUGUAUUUUCUGUUCUACUAAAUAAUAUAAUGUGUUUAUAUCACGUAGCUAGUCAUAGACAAUUAAUUGAAUAUGUAGCUUUCAAAGAAAGAUUAGCCGAACUAUCAAUAGAUUAUGCUUUAGUAGAUUAUGAAUUAAAAACUACCAAUGAAAACAAAGAUGUUUUAGAGCAUACCCUUAAAGACAUUGAAAAAAAAGUAUGUUUAUCCUCGAGACAUAUAGCCUGGCUGAAGAGUUUGAUAUUUGUAGCCACAAAUGAACAAAUUUUAGAAUGGAUUCUCAUGAUCAUUUCUCACACAUUGAGAUAUUGUUCAGACAUAGAAGAAGAAUUGUUCAGAUUCGUCCCAGACUUUUAUAUAGAUAAUCUGUUAGGGUUAGCUGUUUUAUUACCUGAUUAUACAAACAUAACCCAGACGUUUGAUGAUAUUAUAGUUGGUAAAAAAUGGUUAGCCACGUUGAUCGCUGAAAUACUAAUGAAAAUUUUCAAUGACCAAAGAAUAAUUCAUCCGAAAUCAAGAGAAAUAAUAACACAAGGAAUAACUUUAUAUUUAACACAUCCUAAAUCAAUUGUUCUUCUUCAAGAAGUUUCAGAAAAAUCACGAUUGCGUGCGAUUAAAUCAAUUUUUAAACCGAUGGAGCGAAAAAUAUGGAUAAAAACCAAUUUAAUAUUGAUGUUAAUUUGGUAUGGUUCUGGAUUUGCAUUCCGUUAUACACGACCACCUCAUCUAAAAAAUAAACAUGUAUCUACACAAGGAGCACUUGAAGAAAUUGUAUUUUCUAACAUGGGCACUGUGCGACCACCUGCGACUGUGCUCCAAAAUGACAUACGAAAAUUUAUAGCUUAUGACAAAGAAACAGCGUCUAAUUUUAUUAAUAACUCUUUGAAUUAUCUAAACUGGGCUUUUUCUGAGUUUAUAAGUUUAUUCCAAGAAAUAAAAGAUAUAAACGGCAAUAAUUCUUUUAUUAUUUCGUCAGAAGAAGUGAAUAAGCUAAAAAGCUGCGGUAAAAGUUUCAUUUACACUGUAACUUUAUUACGUGUUAUUGAAAUGAUGAUUCAUUUUGAUCGUAAUAUUAUAAUUGACCAAGAAGGAUCACUUGGCAGAGUAUUUCAGUUAAUAUGUCAAAUUCUUAAUCGUAUAAAUGCUUCAUCUUCUACGUUUAGUCACAUUUUGGCAUCAUCUUUACCAUACAUGGAAUGUGUACAUAAGUUUACAAUUCUUGUAGCAACAACUGGUGUUUUGUUAUCUAUGUUAGAGGGUGAAAUAAAUAAAAAGGUUUCAGAAGAAAAUGCUGAAAGACCAAGCAAAAUUUCUAGUAUUCCAGAAAUUACAGAUGUUUUGAUUUCAGAUCCAAAUUUUAAUUUGUCAUCAUUGGACUUUAUUAUAUUAUCAGAAAAUGAAAAUGAUGAACCAUUUUCCUUAAAUUUUUAUAAAACUUAUAUUAAUAAGGAAGAGUUUGAAAAAGUUGGUGAUAUGUAUCAACAUUUGGAUUGGUAUAUGAAGCGUCACAAAUCUAUGGCUUCUAGCAUAAAUGAGGAGGAUUUAUGUAUAAUAUGUUAUUCAAAUAAAAACAGUGUAACUUUGAUACCGUGUAGACAUCAAUGCUGCAAAUUAUGUAUAAAUCAUCACAUUCUUUAUUCACGUGUUUGUUUUUAUUGUAAGGGAAGAAUCGAAUCGGUGGUAGAUACUAAUAAUUUGUCGACUGUAAUACAUGAUUUUGGAACUGAACCCCCACCAUUAUCAUGAACUAGAUGGACAGCACAACAGAUUAUAAUAUCAUCAAUAUUUAAAAUAUAUAAUAGUUAUUAUAAAAUAAAAAUUUAUAUAUUUAUUACUAUUAAAUUAAAUGAGUUAGAA